AUGGAAAAAUCUGUGGACAAAACAGUUUCCACUAAAGUUUUCAUCUUCACCCUUUCACUGAUUCUCAGCAGCUCAAUCACUUUCAACAAAAACUGUGAUGUUUUCAAGGGUAAAUGGGUGCCUUAUCCACAAGGUCCUUAUUACAGUAACGAAACCUGUCGGCUGAUCGUUGACCAGCACAACUGCAUCAAGUUUGGGAGACCAGACACCGAGUUCAUGAAAUGGAGAUGGAAACCGGAUGACUGUGAGUUGCCUCGGUUCGACGCAGCACAGUUCUUGGAGUUUGUGAGAGGGAACUCAAUGGCUUUUGUUAGGGAUUCAGUAGCAAGGAACCAAAUGGAAUCAUUGCUCUGCCUCUUAGCUCAUGAAGCAUACCCAGAGGCUAUAUCUCACAAUUCCAAGCGUUGGUUCUAUGCUGAUUACAACUUCACCUUAUAA